AUGGAUACUCUCCCGCUGGAAACUCUGCAACAAAUAUUCAAGCUCGCAUGCACUGAUGGAGGAUAUACAGGCCAUACUCUCUCUCUCGUAUCGAAGGGCAUCCGCGCAGCAGCACGUGCGGCCCGCUUCCACUCCAUCUCCCUUAUCGCGAGCCCGAGACAUCUCCAGCUAUUCGUCGCACUUUACGAGCGCGAGUGCGACCCUGCGCUCGGGGAUAAGCCUCGUAUCCAGCAUCUCCAUGUGGCGUUUCCCGUCACAGAGCACGAACAGCUAGAGGCCACCAGUAGAAAUGGCACAGCGGUGUCCUACGCAAGCAUCUCGAUCGCCAACCACCCAGGUCCGACGACCUACGAGGACUACCUCAGCGAGGCACAGACAUUGUUCCGGUUGAUCACGCCCGACUUGGUGACUCUCGUCGUGCAGUGCGGGUUUUCCGGUGCAGGCGAUCUAGACCUCCCUAUCAUCGAACAUCCUUUCCCUCACUUGCUAGAGGUCACGUUCGUUGGGGUGGCACAACCCCUCACGCUCGUAUCACGUACAGACGGGACGACUGCCGCACCGCUAUUUCCUGCGGUGACGCAUCUGUACAUCGCCCCCCCAUUCUUGUGUUCGACCUGGCACUCAGGACUCUCCCUCCCGUUCUGGUUCACCCAUGCCCCCUUUGUCACGCACCUGGGCGUAUCGUGCGCAGACGACCAUGCCGCCGCUAUCGCCAGUGCGAUCGGAGUGCCGGUCGAGCCUGAGCCGAACCCUUAUGGCAUGUGGCCUUUCAAUGACGACUCUUUGGAUCCUGGCGCACCGUCAACCCCGACCACAGUGCCUGGCGUGCCAGCGUAUCCGACCGUGCGCCACCUUCUACUGCAGCCAGGCCCGGGACCCGCAUGUCACAUGUGCUGCUGUGGGGAUGCUGCGGCGGCUUAUGACUCUAGGAUGCAAGUUCUGAGGGAGAUUGAGCGUGGGUGUGAGGUGGCUGGUGUCAUGGUCGUUGAGGCAAAAGCACCUGAACAUGGGCUGUUCCUCCGCUACUACGAGCCGGCUCGCCGUCGAUGGCUGGAGAGAAUGAACGACGGCAGGGAUGAAGCGGGCGACUGGAGCGGGUAG